AUGGAUAGAAAAAGAACGACGGGACGGCUAGAAGCCAAGAGCAAUCGAGAAAAAAACAGUAAAGGAAAACAGACAGAAGAGGAAACAGGAAAGGAAGACAAAAGAACGUCAGAUAGAAAGCAUAACAAACAAGAAGAUAAGACGAAGGAGAACGAGAGUGGAAAGAUAAUGAAGUAUGACAAGAAAAGAAGACAGCAGCGAGAAAUAGAAAAGAGAGAAAAGAACGAGAAUAAAAAGAAAAACACAAGACAUCAAGUUAUAGAAGAAGAGGGAAUAAAGAGAAAAAGGAGUGAAGUUCUAAACAUGACGAAAAAAUCAAAAAUAAGAAAGGAAACAACAAGCAAUGAGCAAACCGACGCAAUAGAGACAAAAGAGAAAGAGAUAAAAAUAGAAAUAGAUCAAAAACCAACAAGAUAUAAAGGAAAGCAACGAGAGAAGCAAGGAAUAAAUAAGCAAAUAAGAAAGAGACAAGAUGAUAGAAAGCGAGAUAGAGGCAAGCUAAAUAAAGAAGAAGCGAAAGCGACAGAAAGACAACAUACAUAUACAGGAAA